GUGAAGGAGGAGGAGCACAGCAGGAGCCCUGGUCCUAAACUCCUGAAGGAAGUUCAGGAGGUUCAGAAACACAUCUCUCUGCUGCAGGAGAGGCUCAGCAGAGCAGCCGCUUCACAGGAUGGAGCUGCAGGGUCCAGGAACUGUGAGGUAGAGGAGGGGGACGCAGGACCUCAACACACCUCUUCCUCUCCGGGGGAAAACAGCACCGACGGACCCUCGACCAACAACAACUCA